UUUACAUUUCAUAGCGUCUUCACGUGCAGAUUCCUGGAUAUUCCUUGAUUUUGUUUAAAAUUGAACUUCUCGAUAGGAAUUUACAACGACAAAGAUGCCUUAUGUCUGCUUAUUACAAGAGGGUAAUCCGAAUUUGCCGCGAUUCAUAGAAAAGGCACAGCAAAAUAAUUUUUCAGUGGUGGCUGCUCCGCUCAAUCUAAAGGAAUUACCACUGGAGUUCGAAUGUGAGCCCUUGAAUGAAAAGCACACGCAAAAUACCUACAGCGAUCUCUUGCUCACCGCCGAUCAAUGGAAUACCAGAGUUAUAAGCAUUCUAUCGGAGUCAAUUGAUUGCGACUCCAGCGAUGAGGUUGUUAGAAAAAAUUCUGAAGAGGUAUUGAAACGUGAUAUAUCAUGGGCAGAACAUUUGCAAUAUGGUGGCUAUACAAUGAUGAGACUCAAGGGGCCGAACAAUCUAAAUCUUGCACGUGUCUUGACCAACAAAAUUAAGGGUAUUUUAUUGAUACAUGUGCCACUGUACAACUCCGCUGUUGCCCAAUCAUCAUGGCGCAGGGAUGUAUCCGAGGAAGAAAUUCUAGCAAAGUCUGAGAGUGAUGAUUCAUGGCAUUGGUGGAAUCGUUUUCGCUGGGCUGCUGAUUUUAAUCCCAAGCUUAGAUUGGUUUUAGAGUUAAAUGAAGGAGACCGUCCAUCCAUAGAUAUUAUUCAACGUUGGUUGGGCGAACCUGUUGAGGCUAUUAUGAUACCAUCCACCAUGUUCAUAAGAAAUCGUCAUAACUACCCGGUGCUACCCAAGAAUUGGCAAGAAAUACUUAAACUCUUCAUGAAAUCACACGCAAACAUUAUAGUAUCCACUGACUGUGGUGAUACUAGCUUGAAACUGUAUUCGGAUUAUCUUACCAAUUUUAGAGAAAUGCACAAGGAUGUUCAUAUAUUGCAAAGUUUUGAAGAUGUGUUGGAAAUACCCCUUCAGCCAUUGUAUGAUAAUUUGGAUUCUUAUACUUAUGAAAUAUUCGAAAAAGACCCGGUGAAGUAUAAGUUGUAUCAAGAUGCCAUUGAAGCGGCUUUAAAAGAUCGCGUGCAAGAGGAUGAAAUUGAUAAUAAAUUGUCCAUAGUCAUGGUACUGGGUGCUGGCCGUGGCCCUUUGGCUAGAGCGGCUCUAAAUGCCGCUGAAAGGACUGGACGUAAAAUUCGUUUAUAUAUUAUAGAGAAAAAUCCAAAUGCCAUACGAACUCUAACUGCAAUUGCCCGGAAGUUGUGGCAUAACAAAGAUGUUCAUAUUUUUUCCAAAGACAUGCGUGAAUUUUCUCCUCCUGAACCAGCAGAUAUUUUAGUUUCCGAACUAUUGGGUUCAUUUGGAGACAACGAAUUAUCCCCCGAGUGUUUGGAUUGUGCACAAAAGUUACUGAAGCCAGGUGGCAUAAGUAUACCAUAUAAAUCGGUAUCUUUCAUUAAUCCUAUAAUGUCCUCAAAACUUUACAAUGCCGUACGUAAUGUGGCACGUCUGGAAUCAUUUAGUCGCGAUAAACAGGCCACAUAUCAAAAUCAUGCCGAAAAUGGUUUUGUAGUGCUAUUGAAAAAUGUAUACAAUAUAGAUUAUCCUAAGGCGUUAUUCGAAUUUGUACAUCCCAAUCCAGAUAAACAUAUUGACAAUACUCGCUAUAAAGUAUUAAAAUUUGAAGUGCAGUUGGAUUGUGUUCUUACAGGAAUAGCUGGCUAUUUUGAAUGUUGGCUUUAUAAUGACAUACUAAUGAGCAUUAAUCCGAUGACCCAUACGCCAGGCAUGCCAUCUUGGUUUCCCAUGUAUUUUCCCUUUACGGAACCUAUGAAUAUGAAGAAAGGCCAAACUAUCGAAAUACACUUUUGGCGUUGUGUUUCCAAACAGAAAAUCUGGUAUGAAUGGUGUUUGGCUUCACCCAUUACCACACAUGUGCAUAAUUUAGGUGGUCGUUCGUGUCCCAUCUAUUGCACCUAAAUUUUCUUCUUCGCUGGAUUAAUUGCCUUUUUCAAUAGUUUUUAACAACGUAGCUGGUAACUUUUUUCUAUUAAGGGGGUAAAUAUUUAAGUAUUAGAAGCAAAGAUAAGAGUUUAUUUUUGGUUACAAUUUUUUUUACCUUAAAGAUUUUUUGAUUUUUUUUUAAGUUUUUAUUGUUAACAUUUUUUUCUUUUUUUUUGCUGGUCAUACACCAAUGAUGUAAUUAUAUUUUAAAUGCAUUAUUUGUAUUAAUAAUGCAGGCAACUUUCUGAUAACUUUAUUAUAAUUAAGGGCAUGUUUAGUUUUAAUGCAGUAAUGUGACUGUUGCUUGAUUAUUGUUCAUCUUCUAUAUUGUGACCAGAAUUUAAAUUUGACGUUAACUAAUUUUAGAACUAAGAUUGACAAUAAAACAAAGCCAAAUACCAUGAUAAAUUCAUAAGGUAUUUAACAACUCAAUAAGAAAAGUUUGAAAGCAAUAUUUCUUAGAGUCCGAUUUUUGAAUUGACAUUAGAAAUUGUUUUAAACUAGUUAUAACUUGUUGAAGUCACAGACCCACAUCCCAAAGUUGCAGACUUCUUUGCCUGGUAUUAUCCUUUUUUUACCAUUCUUAGAGAAAAACUAGUUUUAUGCAAUAAACUAGCUGUAGGUCUUAAUAGUCGCUUUUAAGACCUUAUUCAAUACUGCACUGCGGUUCUGACAAUGGUGGUUAACCGCUGUACUCUCCGUUUUGGGAGAAAUAAAGUAAUGAAAUAUAAAUUCAUUGGACAGUCAAUACAGGCAAAUAUAGCAAAUAAUUGUUUAGGUUAGGUAAGAGUGGCAGUCCUUUACAGUCUCACUUAGACAAUUUUUUAGGUCCAUUGUGAUACCACAGUAGCGACAGACCAAGGCUUCUGGCGAAAAUCGAACCCACGACCCCUGGCGCCCCUCGAUAAACAAUAACAAGUACGUGAAUAAAUUAAUAAACAUAGUCCUUGAGUCCCAUGGUAAUCUAAGGUAUCUUUUUUCUGAGCAUUGAUACAGUACAGGCAUUGGUCAGUUUGUUCUUGGUAACCAGGCAUUUAUACUGAUUUUAGUAAGGCAUUAGAUAAGGUUAACCCAAAAUUAAGUUUAUACAAACUUUGCCGUAAUGGUUCAGGUACAUUUUUUUUUUUCUAUUCAGACAUACCUUUGUUAUACCGACUUCCAGGUAUAUUGAAGCGAUACAAAAUUAUAGUCUUAUUAAAGAAAAGAAAAUACCAAUGAGACCCAUAAAGUUACCGCCAAUAUGCCCUACUCUCUGUCUGCCUGAAACUCUUCUUCAAAGUGAAGAAAACGACAGUUUCAAACAUUGAUUUAAUAAUACCCAAUGUAGUUGGGAUUACGU